AUGUUUGGCGGGCCACUUAGUGCGAUGGCAUCGUCUGAUGGGCCCACAUUCUCCAACGCACAAAGCACUUGGCAACAUGUUCAACAAACCUACCCGCAAUGGGGACGGACGGCCUCUGUGCCGUACGGUGCGUUGCGAGGCACGCCUUCUAAUACGACUAUGCCUGCAGCGUCUUCGCAAGCAAUGGAGCGAAGUGUUACGGAAUCGCACACUUCGCCAUCAUCUCUAGUAUCUGACACGGUAGAGUCGGGAACACUAUCCAUGAAAAGGGGCAUAAGUGAGGACGACUCGGAUGCUAUUCUCGCUGGCGCAUUUGACGAUGACGAUGGUGCAGGUGCUAUUGACAGGAACAUGGGAUUAUCUUGCUCCUCGUUUCCCAUGGCACCGCCUUCGCCGCCUCCAGCACAGGCACAACCAACAACAUACACCCAGGUGAGCAGUCGGCCUGUUCGACCGCUUCCCUCGCGUCAGGGCAUGUUUAGGCCCAUCAAGUCAAUGCCAGUUGCCAAGACGCAAGACCUCACAAUGGACGAUGACAAUUCGGAACCAUUCCAGCGUGUUGACUUCUCCGCCUAUGCAGCACAUCCGCAUGGAUUCUAG